CGGUGUUUUUAUCUGCCCCUCCACCUCGGCUAUAAAUAUCACAUAGCGAGAGAUCAACUCCUGACUGCCCCCCAACCUUCUUUUCCAAUUAUCGUCAAACCAAACGUUUCGUUUCAUCCCUUUGCUCUCCCUCAACAAAACACUGAACAGGAACGCCCUCCCUUUCCGCCAUUAGAUCCCACGAAAGCUCUGUCGUCGCUACUUCCAAUCAUCAGAAGGCCAUCGCAAAGAGAUUAAGAGAGAGGGAAAAAGGUAUUCAAAUCGUAAGCACCUAUAAAUCAAUUGCUUUUUUAAAAAAAAAAAACGGAGAACACUCACAGCAACAUGGAGGUAGAACAACCGGCAGAAGGAUGCUCCAGUGAAGCUGUGCAGGGAUCGCAGAUCAGUCAGGAAUCACUGAAAAGACGUGUUCUUGAUGCUGGCACACCAAGGUCGGCCAAUGGGUGUUUUGAUUGCAACAUAUGCUUGGACUUUGCCGUCGACCCGGUGGUCACACUCUGUGGCCAUCUUUACUGCUGGCCGUGCAUAUACAAGUGGUUGCAGCAGGCUGAGAGCGCCUCUCAGCAACGGUGCCCUGUCUGCAAGGCAACCAUAACCGAGAACACCCUGGUGCCGCUAUAUGGCCGGGGCCGCAGCACCAAGAAAACCCACCAGUCCCACGAGAUCCCUUGCCGUCCCUCGGUCCAGCGGGAGGAGAUUGAACUCCAAUCCUCAUCCAUAAGUGAGGAGCAGUACAGUGAUACAUACCCACUGAUUCGACGGCAUCGGCAACGGCGUUCCCAUCUCCAUCAGCAUGAGCAUCAACACUACCCUCAUCACAGCAUUCCUGGCAGCGAUCCCAUGCCGCCAUCCUCCCCACUGGGAACACCAUUAGGCUCGCGGAUGAUCAGUUCGACUGCCGGGGGAGUGCUCCGGGGAAUUUUAGUCGCAGUGCUCCCAUGGGUGUUCAGGAAUCACCAGGGGGCGAGCAUGUACGACUCGAGCAACCCAUACUACACAUCAGGGAAUGGGUUCAGCCCAAUGGUCAGGAGGCAGGAGAUGGAGCUGGAGAGGACGCUCCAUCAGAUCUGGGUCUUCCUGUUCUGCUGUGCGAUGCUGUGCCUGCUCUUGUUCUGAGUGUAGAUGGACUGCUUGAUUACGUAUUGUAAUACCUCUUUACCACAAGGGUUUAAUUGAGACUUUCAUUAGCUGGUCUUUGUUGAUAGGGCAAAAUACCUAAUCAAACUUAGAGCUCGUUCAAAUUGUCCGUUGAGAUGUGCUCCUCUUGUUCCAACAUGUGCUCUUCUCUUGGUUGCAAUGAUUGUGCUUUUUCUUUUUUUUUUAACAUACUAGA